GCAGUAGAAACGCCCUGCAUCCUCUCUCCUCUUCUCCUACAUCCAUCCACCUUCCGGCUCUCCUCUGCUCCUCCAGCCGCGGAGGAGCCACUCUGAACGGAAAGGAGGACGAACCAAAGGAGAAAUGGCCUUUUAACACUUUGAGAGAAUAACCCAGAAGAGACAUGAAACCUUUGCCUUUUUCCUUCCUCCAACACCUCCUCCUCCUGCUCCUGGCUUCCCUGAGCUGCUCCCCCGCUUCUGCUGACAGAAGAUUCGGUUGCCUGUUUGAGAACGAGCUGUGCUCACCAUAUGAGAUCUGUGUCAACGAUGGUAUGUUUGGGAGGUGUCACUCUGUUCCGGUGAAGGAGGUUUACACCUACGAUGUCUCCCCGUCUGUAGUGCAACGCUUCAGGAUGCUGCUGGAGAAGCUGUCCAACAGAGGUUUAACCUGGGAAGAUGACACCACCCAGCAGGUCCUGUCCAAGGAGUUAUCCAAGCUGAGGAGGAUUCCUUACAGGCCUCAGCAGACUGGACCUGUCUACAACGCUGACAGCAGGCCCGUAGCUGAAGCGAUGGACCCAGUAGACCAGAGAGUGAAGCCAGUGGAGGUGGAGCUCAGCAGAAACCUGCAGACUUACCUUCAGCGUCUCGGCCUCCUCCCCAAGAUGUCGUCCGCUGCCGGCCUGAGCACCCCUAGCAAGAGUGACCGUUUCCAGUCGGGUAUCCCUGCAGACUUCUAUCGCUCCAAGGCCCAGACUUCGGCUCAGAAGUCACCUCCCUCCAGCUUCUCUCCUCUUUCAUCUCUCCAACCUCAGCAGAAGCAGAGACCUCUAGCCAACCAGCUCCUAGCCACGCAGUCUGAGGGUGACAUUCUCCUGGGUGCCCUGAGGCAGUAUCUCUCCAGGCAUCUGUCCCUGCACGGUGGGGGGAUGAGCCCUGAGGAGCACGAGGCCGCCUCGCCUCGCCUGACGCCCUUCUACAGCAACGGAAUAGAAAAUUCUGGGCUCAAAAAGGAGGCCUCGAAAUCCAGACUUUUGAAGAUGGGAAGAACUCAAGGGGCUUCAGUCAAAGACCCGCUCUCGUCUGUGGAUGAGAGGUUCAUCGAGAACGUUUUGAAGAACGCUGGGAGGCAGCAUGUGGACGUGGACGACCUGACACCACAGGACGUGGAUCAGCUGUCCAGCCUGAUCGCUGACGCCCUGCAGGUGGUCGACCAGGACCAAGGAAUCAACAGGGGCCUGACUCGCAUGAGAACUGGACCGAGAGACCUGGAGGGAGAGCUGAGGAAUGGGGAGGGAGAAGAGGAGGAGGCUGCCAGAGAUGAGGAAGAGGAGAAGUUGUUGGAGACUGCUCCAACACUGAAACCACAGGGGAGCACUUCUAAGAUGCCGGCAGCACUUCAAGAGCGCCAUACGGAUACAGAAGAGCAAAAUGUGAAGGACACGGCUGAGACUGGAGACCUCCUCACCAAACUUCUCGCCUACCUGGACAAAACUUCCUUGAGCUCUUAUCCCUCAGCAAGAAACCGAAAUGACGUUGCCAUGGAGACACCCGCAGGCCAACAGGUGGGGCUGGAGAACGUCCAGAGUCGGACCAGCGAGGUGGGAAUAACGGUGCAGAAGAAGGACGCCACCCAGUCUGUGGAGGAGGUGUCAGAGGUGGAGGGCUGGAUCAAGGAGGUGGCGCCCCCUCCUGCUUCCCUUGUGUACGACGAGCCGCACAAGAAAACGCUGCAUGUCCCCGAGCUGCAGCUGGACGUCAAAGACAGCAGGAAGAAGGCUGACGACGAUGUCUUUGGCUACGUCAUCACCGACACCGAUGGGCUCCAGACAGAUGAAGGCCUCCACCUGGUGGAGAUCCUGGCUGGCAUGGCCAAAAUCCAGAUGACGGACUUCGCAGAGCUCUCGGUGGUGGGCCCCGCUGUGACCUUCAAAGUGAGCCCGAACACUCACAACGUCAGCACCACAGAUGUGGUCAACGUGGCCGUUCAGCAGAAAGUGGCUUUGGAGAAAGAAACCAAGCUCAGCAUCCUGGAGGCUGGAGUCGCUGAUGGAAGCCAGAUCAAACAGAUCCCCACCAAGUACAGCCAGGCGGAGUCCACCAAGUUCCUCAUCCUCACCGUCGUGUCCAUCCUGUGCAUCGUGGGCGUGCUGCUGGCCUCCACCGUGGUCUACUGCCUCCGCCACCGCUCCCACCACAAGCUCAAGGAGAAGCUCACCAACCUGGGAACAGACACCGGCAGCGAUGCUACCGCCACCUAUCAGGAACUCUGUCGGCAGCGCAUGGCGGUCAAACCUCCUGCUGAGCGUCCGGAGCCCAUCUCCUCCAGGAUCAACAGCGUGUCGUCUCAGUUCAGCGACAGCGGUCAGGCCGUCAGUCCCUCGGCGCGGAGCAGCAUCUCCUCCUGGAGCGAGGAGCCCGCCCACUCCAACAUGGACAUCUCCACUGGUCACAUGAUACUGUCCUACAUGGAGGAUCACUUGAAGAACAAGGACCGCCUGGAGAAGGAGUGGGAGGCGCUAUGUGCCUAUCAGGCGGAACCCAACGCCUGCACCAUCGGCCUGAAGGAUGGCAACGGAAAGAAGAACCGCUCCACUGCUGUAGUGGCAUACGAUCACUCCAGAAUCACCUUGAAGGUGGAGAACAGCCAAGGCAACUCUGAUUACAUCAACGCCAGCCCGAUUAUGGAUCACGAUCCCAGGAACCCAGCCUACAUUGCCACUCAAGGCCCUCUGCCCUCUACAGUGGCUGACUUCUGGCAGAUGGUCUGGGAGAACGGCUGCGUGGUCAUCGUCAUGCUGACGCCUCUCGUCGAGAGCGGGGUGAAGCAGUGCUACCAUUACUGGCCCGAUGAGGGAUCCAACCUGUACCACAUCUACGAGGUCAACUUGGUGUCCGAACACAUCUGGUGCGACGACUUCCUGGUUCGUAGCUUCUACCUGAAGAACAUGCAGACCAACGAGACGCGGACCGUCACUCAGUUCCACUUUCUGACCUGGCUCAACCAGAACGUCCCGGAGACCAGCCGGACGCUACUCGACUUCCGCAGGAAAGUUAACAAGUGCUACCGGGGACGCUCGUGUCCUAUCAUAGUCCACUGCAGUGAUGGUGCAGGAAGGUCUGGGACCUACGUCCUGAUUGACAUGGUCCUCAACAAGAUGGCUAAAGGUGCCAAGGAAAUUGAUAUCGCAGCUACUCUGGAGCACCUUCGGGACCAGAGGCCAGGAAUGGUCCAGACCAAGGAUCAGUUUGAGUUUGCGUUGACGGCCGUUGCGGAGGAGGUGAACGCCAUUCUGAAAGUUCUUCCACAGUAGGAAGGAGCACCGCCUUCUGACAGAUGUCCUCCACUUCUCUUCUGCUCCUCUUCUUCUCCUCCGUUCCCCUGUCCUAACUGGAGGAUGGUCCCUGUUACUGCUUCCCUUUGUUUUCUCCUCUCAUACUUCUCUCCUGUCAUUUCGGUCUAACCCUGUCUCGUCUUGUCUUACCCUCUGUCCUCCAUUCAUCUCUUCGUUCCUGCAGUCAUCCUCUCUAUUUUAACGAAUCACUUUACAUUCCGGCUCCUCCUGUCCUUUCUUGUCACCGUCUUCUGACUGUCACUGUCUCUUUCGUCUCAUCUCCUCCCUUCCCUCUUUUUCCCUCUCGUCUCCUCUCCUUUUACCUCCUCUUUGUUCUACACCUCCUCUUCUCUUCUCCUCAUCUCCAUCUCUCCUUCCAUCUUAGUAAACAUUGUGCCAGGAAACCGUCCAAUCGAUCCUGUACAUAGAUAGACCUUCCUUCUAUUGUAAUGAUCCAUGCAGCCUGUUUUCCAAAGUGACAUUUCACUGCAUUUAAACACAUUUUGAUAGAUUGAUGAAAGUGUUCCUCUAUGUUCUGUUUAGAGUAUAUUUAUUACAGUUUCCGUUUCUAGAUGAGCAUUGACCCAAUGGGCGUCAGCUGGGUGAAGCAAGGUUCAGUGUUUUACCGAAUUGACGCUGCUGAUUGGUCUUUGUUUUGACUGAGUGUAUGAUGUUGAUCAUCGCGUCUGUAUCACUAAAUCGUAUCUGUGUCAGAUUUUUAGUGCCAUGCUUUAGUUCACAUGUUUCCAUGCAUUAUGCUACAGUGUCACAGUGUAACUCAAAAGCGCCCAGUGUUGGUCAGUAAUGUAGAUAUGAGACAAAAUAUUUUAUCUCCCAAGAAGGCUUAUUUCUCCUAAGAGUAAGUGGUGAAACAUUAUAAGAGAAGACUCUGGAGAUAUCCCACUUAUUUUAAGAAAGGAGGUUAAAUAACUUCUUUUUUUUUUAUUGUGUAAUUUUGAUCAUCCCAGUAGAAGCAAUAUUGUGUUUCUUCAACAUGAAUCGUUAUCUCUCGUGGACAGCCAAUAUCGCGGCUUGUCAGUGAAGUAACACUAAAUGUCUGCCUUAAUAAAAACACAAUAGAUGUACUGGUAAACGUGUGUGUAGCCACCUGGAAAACGAGGCUAGUGUGCAACGCUUCAUUUAAAAAAUAAAAAAAAAAUGGCCUCACUCCAGCGGAUUAACCUGUGGAUUAAAAGUUUGCUGUGCUGGUACUUAAAGAAAAUCCCUCUGAUAAACGCUGAAGAACAUGGAGUCUUUAAUAACCUGGGAGCAGGAAGUUAGCCUCUGUCCAAAAGUUUAUGACACUUCAACAGCAGUAAUAUUGUCCCUAUCUUAAACAUGGACCACUGCACACUGGAAUGAGGCCAUUAUAAAAUAAAGUGUUUCUGACUAGUACUUUUAUGAUAAAAGGGGGUAGUUUGCUUUUGAAUAGCAGCUCUUCUAUGUAGCAUUAAUGGAUGAUUGGUACAUGUAUAGUAGCUGAACCUGUGUUGCAUUGAAAACUAGUUUCCAGUGACACUUGGCUGAUUUUCCCAAAACCAUCUUUAAACUGACUGGGUUUUUGUUCUGUUGUUCUGUACAUGAAAGGAGCAAAAACAAUAUUAAAGGACCGUUUGUUGAGCCAAUUUAUUGCUUAUGCUUUAAAGGUCCGAUAUUUUACACUUUUCUCGUUUGAAGUGUUGAUCCGUAAGAAGAUAUCAUUGUGGUUUUAAGAACCAUCAUAAAGUUCCUGACGGCUCAGUUUCUGACAUUUCUCUGUGGACUGAGCACUUUUAUAUAGAACCUAGACCUGCUUUAUGAUCAAACACCUCAUAGACAUGUACCUUCACUCUACAUUUCACCAAAUCAUGUUCCUGUAUUUCACUUCUUUGAAACAGUAUUUUACCUGUUUCCCAGGCAGCCGCUAGUUUCCAUUAAUUCUCAUAUAAGAUAAAAGACUAACAUUAAUUGAUGUAAUGAAAUAAUCUAGAGCAGUCUUUUCAAAUCAGUUUUCACUUGCAACCACUUUACCACGCAGAAAUAAUUGAACUUGCUCUUUAUUUAAAUGGAAAUGUAUUGGGUUUAUUUUAGAUUCAUGCUGCACAAUUAAAAGCCUCCAACGGCAGAUAAACACAAGUCACAUUACCCACAAGUAGCCUGUAUAUUGGACAGUGCUGAUAACCUGUCAAAUUCAAGUAUUCGUGCGGUAGUAGUGUUUUGGUUCAUUAGAACAAAACACCACUCCGAUGCUUGGGGUGAACACAUCCAUUACCUAAAGAUGACUUUGGGAAAGCAGCUCGUAGUCGGUGUAAAAAUCAAUGCAAUUUCACUGCUUUCAAUUGACUGAUAGUGAGUGAACAGUUUUAAAUAUUUUAUCCAUCAAAUCCUACUUUUGUUUAUCCAAUCUUAUUGGAAUCACCAAUAAGACUUGCAUACACUAUGCUUCUAGUGCAUGGCUGUUUAUUCAGCAAAUGAGUAUGCUGUAUUUUCUUCUCUGUGGCCUCUAAACUCAAACAAGCGUUUUAUCUAUUACCUUCACUUCAAACUAUCUAUUGCACAAGAAGCUCCGAGGACCUUAACAGUGCAAAAGCCAAGGAUUAUCAUCUCUAAACCGGUGCAGAUCGUGGUUUAAGUGCGUUGAAAGGUGGUGCAGCAUCAAUAUGAUGCAACACUGCAGCAAGCCGCUGUCAUGUUGUUGGAAUCGACUCCAUUUUUCAUCACAAAAACUGAAACAUGCUGCAAGAAAUGCUCCUUAUCAAAGGCUGUUUGAUGUAGAAUGGGAUAUUAUUUUUUUCUGCCUGUGUAAAGAAAGUGUCAUGGAUGUUAUGAAAAUGUGGAAAUAAGGGAAACUGCAUUGAAGGAUUUGAGAUUAUCACAUUCGCCACUUUUAAUGCAAGUCAAAACUAAACUUGGGCGUUUUUAUUUUUGUUUGUUUUUUGCAGUGCGGUUGCUCAAUAGGUCAAUUUCUCUCAAAGCUGUUCUUUCUUUCACGCACUCCAUCAAGUAUCAAUAGAUGGCUGGUCUGUUGCAUUAACAUUCUGUACAUAAACCAAAACAAAAAAUAAUAACAGAAGAUAUUUUGUUCUAUUGGUGUAAACAGAUUGUGAAUAAAGUCUCAAUGUCGAUGCAGUA